AUGGGCGAAACCACGCUGCGGUCCCGCGGGGUCCGCAUCGCCAUUGACCGCGGCGGCACCUUCACAGACUGCGUCGGCGAGCUGGACGGCCGCGAGAUCAUCAUCAAGCUGCUCUCCGAGGACCCGGCCAACUACGCCGACGCCCCGCUCGAGGGAAUCCGCCGCAUCAUGUCGCACUUUCUGGAGCGUGAGAUCCCGCGCGGGGCCGCCCUUGACACGAGCCGCAUAGACUCCAUCCGCAUGGGCACGACGGUCGCUACGAACGCCCUCCUCGAGCGCAAGGGCGAGCGAAUCGCCCUUGUUGUCACCAAGGGGUUCCGCGACUGUCUGGCCAUUGGAAACCAGAGCAGACCCAAGAUUUUCGACCUGGCCAUACGGAAGCCCGAUGUGCUCUAUGAAGAGGUUGUCGAAGUCGACGAGCGCGUGACGCUGGAGGACUAUGCGGAGGAUCCCGAGAGGACGGUCACAAAGGUUGACGUCACGGCUGGGACCAAGGGGGCGGCGGACGCCGAGCUGGUGCAGGGCACGUCUGGCGAGGCGGUCCGUAUCCUCCGGCGGCCGGCGGAAGAUGGCAUCAGGAGCCAGCUUCAGCAGGUCUUUGACAAGGGGAUCCGGAGCGUGGCCGUCUGCUUCAUGCACGGCUACACCUUUCCCGACCACGAGGCCACGGUCGGCAGGCUGGCGAGGGACAUUGGUUUUGAGCACGUGUCGCUGAGUCACGAGCUCAUGCCCAUGAUCAAGCUCGUGUCGAGAGCCACGUCGGUCUGUGCCGAUGCCUACCUGACGCCGGCCAUCAAGAAGUACAUAUCUGGCUUCCAGUCCGGCUUCGAGGGCGGCCUCGGCACGAGGAGCGUUCAGCAAGAAGAGGGCAGCAAGGGAGCCCGGUGCGAGUUUAUGCAGAGCGAUGGUGGGCUAGUGGACGUCGAAAAGUUCACUGGCCUCAAGGCCAUCUUGUCGGGCCCUGCUGGCGGCGUUGUUGGCUAUGCUGUCACCUCUUAUGACGAAGAGACGAAGAUUCCCGUGAUCGGCUUCGAUAUGGGUGGCACCAGCACGGAUGUCUCCCGCUACGGCGAAGGGCGCUACGAGCACGUUUUCGAGACGACCACGGCGGGUGUGACCAUCCAAUCGCCUCAGCUCGACAUCAACACGGUCGCUGCUGGUGGCGGGUCGAGACUGUUCUGGAAGAACGGACUGUUUGUCGUGGGCCCCGAGUCGGCUGGAGCGCAUCCCGGCCCGGCGUGCUACCGAAAAGGAGGCCCGGCGACGGUGACGGAUGCAAACCUCUACCUCGGUCGACUUUUGCCAGAGUUCUUCCCCAAGAUCUUUGGGAAGAACGAGGACCAGGGACUGGACCCUGAAGCUAGCCAAAGGGUCCUGCAGGAGCUGACCGAUCAGGUCAACAGCGAGACUGGCAAGACUAUGACGGUGGACGAGGUUGCGUACGGAUUCCUCACCGUGGCCAACGAGACCAUGACGAGACCCAUUCGGUCGAUUACCGAGGCCAAGGGCCACGACUCGUCCAAGCAUCGCCUGGCCACUUUCGGCGGCGCCGGCGGGCAGCAUGCCGUCGCGAUUGCCGAUGCUCUGGGCAUCAAGCAGAUUCUGGUCCAUCGGUACUCAUCCGUGCUGUCGGCUUACGGCAUGGCCCUUGCCGAUGUCGUCGAUGAACGCCAGGAACCAGAAUCAAAGGUCUGGGCAUACCCUGGAAAGACUGUCGACGAACUGAAGAGCAAGAUGGAGAAGCUCAAGGACCGGUCCCGGAAAGCUCUCGAGGACCAGGGUUUCGAAGGGGACGAUAUUGUAUUCGAGGAGUACCUCAACAUACGAUAUCGAGGGACCGAGUCCGCCCUCAUGAUUGUGAAACCGAGUGCCGAAGAGGCCGAGAGAGAUUUUGAGGGACGUGCGUGGGACUUUGGCAGUGCCUUUGUCAAACAGCAUCGGUACGAGUUUGGUUUUACUCUUGACGAUCGCGACAUGAUUGUAGAUGACGUUCGCGUGCGGGGCAUCGGCAAGAGCUCUCGCCACCACGAGAAAUCAGUCGACCAACAACUGAAGACCCUGACCCGCCAGGAUGUCGACGACACCAAGGUUCACGAUCGCCAGCAGGUGUACUACGAGGGUGGUCGCCAACAAACUCCCGUGUAUAAGCUUGAAAACCUCAACACGGGACAUGUCCUCCAAGGCCCGGCCGUGCUAGCAGAUGGUACGCAAACUAUCGUGGUGACACCUGGGGCUACCGCUUAUAUCCUUGACACCCAUGUGGUCAUCGAUCUUGAUAAGGGGGCUUCUAAGGAUGGGCCUCACCAGGAGAAGGGCGACCGAGAAGUUGACCCCAUCAUGCUCAGCAUCUUUGGCCACAGAUUUAUGGCCAUUGCUGAGCAAAUGGGCCGCGCGCUACAGAAGACAAGUGUCAGCACUAAUGUUAAAGAACGACUUGACUUUUCCUGCGCCAUCUUUGACGCCAAAGGAGGCUUGGUUGCAAAUGCGCCCCAUUUGCCUGUCCAUCUAGGAUCCAUGUCAACGUGCGUCAGGAGGCAAGCCGAGAUCUGGCAAGGUCGCCUGAAGAAGGGGGACGUGAUCAUUUCGAACCACCCUUCAUAUGGCGGAACACAUCUCCCAGACAUUACGCUGGUCAUGCCCGCUUUCAACGACGCGGGCGACAAGAUUCUGUUUUACGCCGCCUCCAGAGCCCACCACGCUGAUAUUGGUGGCAUCACAGCCGGCAGCAUGCCGCCUCAUUCGCGCGAGCUGUUUCAGGAAGGUGCAGCUAUCAAGAGCGAAAAGCUCGUCAGUGAAGGGCGUUUUGACGAAAAGCGUGUGACUGAGCUGCUCUACGACGAGCCGGCUCAAUACCCAGGAUGCAGCGGAACACGCUGCCUGGCGGACAACAUUAACGACCUCCGCGCACAAGUCUCGGCGAACCAGAAGGGAAUCUCUCUGAUUGAGGGUCUGAUCGAUGAGUAUGGCGAAGAGACGGUCCAGUUCUACAUGGUACACAUUCAGAACAACGCUGAGCUAUGCGUCCGGAACCUACUCAAGGAGGUCAGCAAGCGGUUUGAGGGUGCAGCCUUACAAGCCAUCGACUUUAUGGACGACGGCAGCCCUAUCCAGCUGAAAAUUACAAUCGACGCUGACAAGGGCGAAGCCGUCUUUGACUUUGGAGGCACAGGCCCAGAGGUCUAUGGCAACAUCAACGCGCCAGAGGCAGUGAGCUACAGCGCCAUUAUUUAUUGUCUGCGAUGCCUGAUCUCGGAAGACAUACCCCUGAAUCAGGGCUGCCUCAAGCCCAUCACGGUGAAGAUCCCACCGCACUCCCUGCUUUCACCGUCGGACAAGGCGGCUGUGGUGGGAGGCAACGUCCUUACGAGCCAGCGGGUCACAGAUGUCAUUUUCAAGGCCUUCCAGGCGUGCGCCGCCAGUCAGGGCGACUGCAACAACUUGACCUUUGGCUUUGGCGGAAACGUCGGCGGCGAGGACAAGGUCGUCAAGGGCUUCGGCUACUACGAGACAAUCGCAGGUGGCAGUGGCGCAGGGUCCACAUGGGAGGGCACCAGCGGUGUACACACGCACAUGACCAACACGCGCAUCACUGACUCUGAAGUUUUCGAGAGGCGAUAUCCGGUGCUGCUGCGGGAGUUCUCGCUCCGGGACAUUGAAUUCCGCAUUCCCGUACAAGUCUCUAUUCUCAGUGAGAGAAGAGUGUACCGACCGUACGGUCUCGCGGGCGGCGAGGAUGGCCAGUCGGGACAGAACAUUUGGGUCCGGCAGGUCGAGAAAGGGAGCUGGGAGAAGUCGCUGAAGAGGCUGCAAGAGGGAACUGAUGACAAGAAAGAGAAUGGAGAACAGGUGGAAUACGAGGAGAGGAGGUUCAAUCUCGGUGCGAAGAACAGCGCGCCGAUGAAGCCUGGUGAUCGCAUCAUCGUCAAUACCCCUGGAGGUGGUGGAUGGGGCGCUCCUGGGAAGGAAAAGGGCCUUCAGAGCAAGACUGAUCCUCGAGCGGGAUGGAGAGGCGGCAGCCACGCCAACAGAGAAGACCUGCAGCUUCAGGCCUGA